AUGACGGAGACGAAUUCUUCGAAUGGGGCCUCAUUUAAUAAUGGGAACGGAUUGCCGGAUGAUCUUUCCGAGAAGCCGCUCACACCCGAAUACCUACAACUUAUCAUGGCUUACCUACGGAAGAAUGGACUACAGGAAACAGAAGAAUCACUAUCAAAAGAAGCUUCGGCUAUGCUCAGAUCAGGGGAUUCGAACCCUUUAGCUUUUCCUAAUCAUGAUAGUAUUGUUAAUGAAUUCGAAUCGUUACUCCAUCAAGUUGAUUCUUCUUAUGAUUUUUUCCAAGCAGAAUUUAGUUUAUUGCUUUUCCCUGUGUUUGCUCAUUGCUUCCUGAAGCUUUUGUAUGAAACUGGUGGUCAAAACGCCAAAGAUUUUUUUAACCGUUUCCGUCUGCGAGUCCCUGCUCCAUACGAAGAACAAGUUGAUAUUCUUAGUCGUAUUUCUAGCACAAAUCACGCGAACUCAAACACAUAUACUCAGCUGCUUCAAAAGAAUUCUUUUAUUGUCAAAAUGUCACGAUCUUGCAUGAAACAGUUGGAGUUAUUGCUUGCUAGGUGUCCAACUUUGAAAAAUAUCAUAAAGGAUCAUAUAACCAUUGAACAGUCUGAUGUAGUUUCAAAAUUAAAAUCAAGCGUUGAAUGCCAAAUGGGGGGAAUCCUCGGGCAAGUUGGAAGGAACUUACAGCGUCAUAAGAUGCUUCAUGGCGUUCAAAGAGAUGAACUCAUGCAAACAAUUGAAAAAAGAAAGACACGAGGAAAAGAUGUCAAAGACAAUAAGAAAGUACAAGCAACUGCUCCGGUAGCGGAUCGUAUACCCAUGCCUGCCAUGAGCGAGAGUUAUAGAGAGGAGAAGCGAAAAGCUAUUAGAUUUCAGGAUGCUAGCAAACUAGCGCUUGUAAGCCAAGAGAACCCGCCUUCUAUUUGCAUGUUCACAGCUCUUAAUGCUCAUGGAGGUGUCACUAGUGCCGAUAUAUCAGAUGAUUCAUCCUUGAUGGCCUUAGGGUUUGGUGAUUCGACAAUCAGUAUAUUCGCUUUCGAUGAAGCUCAAAAACUAAAGAAGCUUAAAGAUAUCGAUGAUCUAGAAAAGAUUGACCCAGAUACGGAUAACUUCCACGAGACGCUGUAUGAUGAUAACACCGCUUCUACCAACGUUAUGCUUCUUGGGCACAAUGGACCUGUUUAUUCCGUGAACUUUUCCCCCGAUAAACGCCUUAUCGUAUCAUCAGCCAAAGAUAACACCGUAAGGUUAUGGAGUACAGACGCACAAAAAAAUGUAGUCGUCUAUCGGUUAAGCAUGCCUGUGUGGCAGGUUCAAUUCUGUAAUCGUGGGUAUUACUUCUGUACUGGAAGUUCAGACAAAUGUGCCGCUCUAUGGUGCACCGAUAGGAUGAAUCCUUUGCGACUUUUCCCAGACAGUUACGGAGGAGUGAGCUGUGUAGAUUUCCAUCCUAAUUGCAAUUAUGUUGUAGGAGGAAGUGAUGAUCGUUACGUCCGGAUUUGGGAUGUAUUGAAUGGCACUUGUGUGCGAACAUUUAGCGGACAUAAAGCUGGUGUCCGUGGUGUGAAAGUGUCUCCUUGUGGCCGUUAUGUUGUUUCUGUCGGAGGAGAUGGAGCUGUUUGUGUAUGGGAUGUAGCUUAUAAUAGAUUAGCUGGAAUGGAAAAUAGGUCUGUUGCAUCUACAAUGGCAUCGAUUUCAUUCUCAAGGGACGGAGGCGCUUUCGCCGUUUCUCAUGGAGGCCCUUCUGUGUCUUUUUAUUCGUUAGAUAAUCUCAUAGGAGCGACAAACAAUCAGAAUGAACAAACUUUUGAUCCAAAAAUCAACAUGUCUGGUUUCAACAUUUACAAUUAUCCAACCAAACAAACGCCGGUGCUUGGUCUUCACUUCACGAGAAGAAAUCUUCUUCUGGCCGUUGGAUCUUUCAACCAAUAA